AUGAUAGAAAAAUGUCGAUCACAACCAAAUUUACUUCUACCAUGGUUACGUACCAGCCAGCCUUGUGAACAAUACUUUAGACAAACCCGUUCAAUGACAUCGACUUACUCAACCGUUGUUAAUUUUGAUAUAAUGGAGUUCAUUCAAAGAAAAAAUAGAAUCCAAACUCUUAAUAGUAUAGUGAAUGAUGCAGGAAAUGAAUUUGUUUUUCCAAGAGAGAAAAGCGGAAAACUUGGGAGAAACCAGUCUACACAACAUGGUGAAUUACCUACUUGUGACCAAAUAAAAAAUAUUUUGGAGAAUGCAAAACAUUCUGCGAUUAUUGACUCAAAUAUGAUUCUCCCUGAUGACAUCCAGGAAGAAGUGUUAAGAACAGUGUCUAUCCCUCGCAUAGAAGAUACCGAGCAAGAUACUGAGGAAGAUACUGAGUGGGAUCAUCAUAACAAACCAACAGAAGAACAAAUUACAUCUUUAGAAGAAAUUUCUGAAAUUCCCGAAGAACAGGACGAAUAUUUUAAUGAUAUUAGAGAAGAACUAACUUUGUUUUCUGAUUUUGAGAGUUUAAAUAUUACAGAUUACUCCGAUAAAUGCAAACUUGAUGAUAAAACACUUUUAAAAAUAUUAGUUAAUGGAAAAGAGAAAAUAGUUAAAAAAUCUAUAUUGUGUUGGUUAUUUUCAAAAGAUUUACAUAAAGGACAUUUAUCAAGUGAUAGACUUCUCCGCUGUAAGUCCUUAUCAUCGGCUAAAAUUCCAAAAACAAAAAAAAAACUUCGCAAAAAAAGAAAUCAAGUUCAUCCAGAAAUUGAUAAAGAAACUGAUACCACCUCUGAUGAGAAAGACACAGUCAAGUUAGAGAGUGAAUUUGAGUGCGAAAGCAUUCAUUCUGGUACUGACUCAGAUAAUGAUGUGAAUAAAAUUCUGGAAAUCAAUGAAGAAAGUUAUUAUGCCGUUUGUUAUGAAAGUUGGUACAUUGGAAGAGUUGUCAAUAAAAUUAUUAAAAAUCAGAGUAAAAUCAAAUUGCUCAAGUUUGAACUAAAUAAAUACAUAUGGCCAAAAGAUGACGUCCAAGUGGUACAAAAUGAGUAUAUUUUUUAUGGGCCCAUCCAGUUAAUUGGAAACUAUCCAUUCCAGUUAAAAAGACACGAUAAAUUGAAGAUUGAAAAAAUUUUCAAACAUGUCAAAAAAAGGAAUAUAAUACCUAUUUUAACGUAUUUUAAAAUACCUUUUAUCUGUUAUUCACGAAUAAAAAUAAAAUUCACUACCAAUUUAAUCAUUUCAGGUCUUUUUAUUGAAAUAUUCUGA